AUGCUUCCUCCCUUUUUAGAUUCUAUGAAUUCACCGAUUGUUGGGUCUGCUCCUGUACGCAGUAAUCCAUUAGGCAGUUUUCCUAGAAUAAAUUCACCCGUUUCUAACGCGAAUUUCUCAACUCGACCUACUGGUGGCAGUGGGACUGUCGUAGAAUCACCAUUAAGAUUGAUACGUGCAAGGUGCACAUCGUUGACAGUGUCUACAACAGGAGGGAAUAGUUCGUCUAAUGAUGUUAACAUGUCUAGUGUACGAAUUCAUGCCCCUGAAUAUCAACAACACCAAACUAAUAAAAUGAGAAAUCAACGAAUUUUUCAACCAAAUCAAUCCCAGCUACGCAUUUCCCAGCCCAACAAUCAAUCACACUUAUGUAGUUCACAGUUUCAGUCAAAACCCAUACCACAAUCUCCGCAUCCUUCGUCUUCGUUAUCUCCUCAGCAUCAGUUAACUGUUCAGCAUCAAAUACAGCCAUCUAGUCGUUCAGGAAUGACCUUUGGAUCGAUUCCAAAUCAACAAUACAUUAAUACACACAAUAUUAGUGCAAGUUUACCGGUGAAUGUUAACCCAUUACUAUGUGGUAUACAGGAUUCUGACAAUAAUGAUUUAAAUGAUGAUAAGAUUGCCCAAUUGUAUUCAUUCGAUUCAUCAACUAGUCCAUUUAUUCCUCAUUUAAAAUCAGAACCAAUUUGUGAAACAGAUUCAAAUCAUAAUUCAUCAAUUCAUUCAUUAAGUUUAGAUUUAUGUCAUGGCAAUACAAUGAAUACCAUUUUAGAACCGGUUACACAUUUUGAUCCAUUAAUUGCAUCGGUUAUGCAAUCAUCCAGUCAACAUUAUCAACAACAACAGCAACAACAACAACAACACCAAUUACAACAUCAACCUUAUCAAGAUCAACCUCCUCUUUCUCAUCAUCAUCAGCAUCAUCAUCAACAUCAACAUCCUCAACAUUAUCCUCAUGAUCAGUAUAAUUCACAACAUCAACUUCACAAGCAAUCGCAACAACCACAACAACAGCAACAUCAGCAACAACAACAUCAACAUCAACAAUGUUCUUUCAUUAAUCACACUGGAAAAUCAUCGACAAAAACAUUAGAUUUAUCUACACCACCAAUCCUUGGAUUAGAUAUUGAUGAAUUUCAAUUUGAUGAUGUCCCUAUGGAAUAA